UGCGUACACAACAACAUGCCAUACAUCUCCGGUCUUGAUGUGUCUAUAUCUACAUGUUUUCCAGACGAAAGCGACACCUUGAUGCUUCUGUGCCUGAUGUUUCCGUGGACAUAUCUGAGCUGAGUCAUGUGUUUGUGUGCAGCUCAAGUGAUCACGUGAGGUAUUGAGAGGUAUCCAUCCACCGCCGCCCGCCUGGCCCUCUCUCUCCUCCCCCUCCGAUACGAAACGAGAACCGAGAGAGUUUCGCCGUCGGCGGUGGGUUGCAGGAGGAGGCUUGCAGGAGAGACAUCCACUUCAAACGAGAGUUCCGCCGCGUUAGCCGCGUUAGGUUCGCCUCCGCCCGCCGUCGGAAGCGUCGGAACUCGAGUGCGGGGUGUUGGUGACGUGUGUUCGUGAGCGUGGUCUGCUGUUGGUCUGUUGGUCGAAUAGCUCAGCCAUUUUCGGGUAGGCGAGAGUAAGAUCGGGUACCCCUCCGGGGGAAACCUCAUCCACACCCCAACGCAGCACCGAGCCGGAGGCGCAAAGGAUCUGUAGGGGCAUGGGCACGUGCUUACCUGCGGCUUGCAUGGCAACGCCCAGGCGAUUGUGCGCCUGUUUCAUGUUUUCCUUUGCUCUCCUCGGCACCCUCGCGCUCCUGCGGUCACCCGGCGCAAGCCCCAGCCUACGGCUUGUGGAGGGCGUUGAUUGGCAGAACGCCCCGCGGAUCGACCUGGUGUGUCGAACGUAUGGCGCGGCCAUUCAAAUAUUUUGGCAAACUUUCAUCCCGACCUACCUGAUGUUUUGGCCGAUCUCGUCGUGGAAGUCCAGCGGCCUCGUCGUCAUUCUGGACGGUGAUAGCCCUUCCGACCAUCGAAUCGGGACGCUCCUUAAGAAUAUCAACUUGCCGUCCAAGUUGCAAGUGAAAUACGAGACUCCUGCCCCCCCCGGCACGCUCUGCAACAACUGGCGAAGCGAAGGUUACGCCAGACAGCAGUACUCAAACUUCUAUGCUGACUUGUACACGGAUGCGGAUUAUUUGGGAAUUAUCGAUACCGAUGCCGCUUUCAUUUCUCCAGUGGUUCCGUCUGAUCUCUUCGACGAGGGAAAGCCAAUCCUGCGGGGCAUGAACGUUAUCACUCAAUGGCAAAGUGAGACCAGCAGGAAAGCCACCGGGGGCUUCCCGUACGUGGGCAGGUUCAUGACGAGAAUCGCGUUCCCCAUCAUCAUAAAGUCUGAGCACUUCUCCCAGAUGAGGCAGGUUAUCACGGAGAACCUUGGCGCGGAGACGUUUGAACAAGCGUUCAAAGCGAUCUGUUCGGCGGGAAAGAACAGCUAUUCCCAGUUCGAAAUUAUGAUCAACUACCUUUGGUAUUACCAUCACGAUGAGUACUCUUGGCACAUUGCGGACCGCGACACCGGCGACUUCGACGGACUCAACCUACAAGGCCGUGCGAGGGCCUCCGAUGAUGGCAGUGUCGUGGCCGCGAACGUUCCGGCUAUCUUUGUCAUGAAGCACCUGGACGAUAAGGACGUCUUCACCUUGAACGACGACAUGUACGAGAACAUGUGCCUCGGCAGCAACAACGAGGCGGGGAACUGCCAAAGGCGGCCGCCGGCCGAGAAUGACGGCCACGCACAAACCCUCAAGUGGUCUGUCGGGAGCACCACGUGGGGCGACACGUACAAGGAUCACUCCCGUCGAGUCUCGCGGGCUGGGUCGGCGUUCCAGUGGCGAGGGGAAGAAGAUGAAGAUUGGGUGCAUGUGGGCGGCCAGUGACGACCGCUUCCGUGCCAUUUGAGGACUGACUGUUUACUGUAAAUAUGAAUGUGGGAUCGGCUACGAUGACGCAGACUUUUGAAGCGCGGUCGUGGGUGAGGAGCUUGUGCCGUAAUUGGAACGUGCAGAGUAACCUAGGGAUAUUUUGGAUCCUGGGAUCGGCAAGGGGCAAUGCCCGAACUGUUUUUAAGUCUGUUUUCCGUACGAAAACAGUACCACAGUAGAAGUAGUAGGAAUCCACCUCUACGAGUCUGUGGACUAAACUAUGCCUGGAUAGAUCCGAGAUGGAUAUGUAGUGUUUCCUACGGCCCUGUGUUCCCACUGAUUGUGUGCAUUUGGCCGUACAUCAGCGAUUGUUUGUUUUUUAUUCGUGUGGCGGCGUCUUUCAAACUAUAGGUGGUGUUGGUCUAAAUUGACAAGAGUAUUAGUCUAUUUCUCUGCCUCGGAACCAAAGAACCGGCACAAGUAAGGACAUGGAAAUUUCUCUAAAUACACGAGAGGAGAGUGGGAUCUCUCACGUUUGGUUGCGUUUGAUUGAGUAGUUGGACACGGGCCCACAGCUAGCUCCACACGGAAACCAACCCCGUUCGUUGGGUGCACUGUCAGCAAGGCAUAUUGUAGCUUGCGUCAAUUGUUUGUAGCAACAACAUGAGGAGGGUGGUGACCAGUAGAAGAAGCAGGUGCAUUCACUAUAGUACGGACCCAUCGCGUGGCGUCAACGGAAUCAAACG